UACUGCAUCUGUCACGCAUCUGCCCACUCACUCAACCUGUCCAGGUCACCCUGCAACCUCUAUAAUCUUUGAUAGGAUCUUUGCUCUGCACUGCCGGGGCGAGGCAGAAUGGCGGCUGCAGGCUUAAGGGAAGAGUUGACCUGUGCGGUGUGUCUGGGCUUGUACCAGGACCCUGUGGCACUGCCCUGCCAGCACAGUUUCUGUGCCAAAUGUAUCGGCGAUGCAUGGGACCAUUCAGUGAUCAGGUUUGGGGUCAACUGUCCUCAAUGUCGCAGAUGCUUCAACCCCAGGCCCAGCCUGGUGAAGAACCACACUCUGCAGAACAUCGUGGAGAAGUACAGCCGGAGCCAGCCCACUGCCCCUGCUGCCCGGCCCAGUCCCGUGAUGUGUGAUAACUGUAUCGACAGCCCAUCCCCGGCUGUGAAGACGUGUCUCAAAUGUGAAACUUCCUUCUGCUCCCACCAUCUGCAGCCGCAUCUGACCAAGCAGGUCUACAAGGACCACGGGCUGAUCGAGCCCAUUGCCGACUUCACCACCAGGCAGUGCCCAACUCAUAAGAAGAUCAUUGAGUUCUACUGUGAGCAGGACCAGGAGUGCGUGUGUAUGUCCUGCACUGUCAUCGGGAAACACAAAUCCCACUCACUACUGACUCUGGAGCAGGCAAAGGACAAAAUCAAGGGGAUACUGAAGGACAAGUUCGAGAACCUCCGUAAAGUGCAGAAGGAUUGGUCAAGUGAACAGCAAGACCUGAAGCAAUCAGAAAUUGAAUGCAAGAGAUUCAGUAAGGAGCUGAAAGAAAAACUGUCGGCCACGUUCUCUGAAUGGAGGAAGCAGUUGGAAGAAGAUGAGAAGUCCUCUCUGGAGAUGAUCGAUGAGGAGAUGCAGCGAGUGCUCUCCCAGAUCACGAGCAACUCUGAAUCACUGUUAAAAAAGAUGGAAGAUAUGAAAAUCAUAGAAAAGGAGGUCCAGGAUCAAGAGCAGAAGGAUCCUCUCUCCUUUCUUCAGGAUGCAAAGCAGCUUCUUUCAAGAUAUUCACAGUUUCAAACAUCCAAAACUACUGUAACCCAACAGGAGGAAAUUCCUUUGAAAUCAAAUUCAGACUUUGGAUGCGCAUUCCAGGCAUUAUCUGGGCAGAGCACCAGUCAGCCAGGAUUCGGACUACCGGCGAGUAGUGGUUUCUCAUUUAGUUUUGGUCGCAGUAAGCUUAAUACCACUGGAAACUCAGAACAACGCACUCAAGGACUACAAUUCAACAGUCAGCCAAGAUUCGGACUAUCGGCGAGUAAUGUUUCCUCAUUUAGUUUUGGUAGCAGUACGCUUAAUACUGCUGGAAACUCAGAACAACGCACUCAAGGACUACAAUUCAGCAGUCAGCCAGUAUUUGGAGCAUCGACGAGUAAUGCUGUAUCAUUUCUUUUUGGUGACAAUAUGCCUAAUACCACUGGAAAAUCAGAACAAAGCACUCAAGGACCGCAAAUCAACAGCACCUCACAGCAAAAGUGUCACACCAUGAAUCUGUCCAAUAUUGCCUCCAUUGUCCAGAAGAACUUCAACGAAUAUCAGAAGUACCAGACAACUAUAAUGGACAUGCUAAGACGAUCCUGCGAUACAGGACUCGAGACGUUAGGCGAUACAGACUCAGACUGAAGAAGUGUUACAACCUGAAAGAUCACCUAUUCCUUUUCCCAGAGACGCUGCCUGACCCGUUGAGUUACUCCAGUACUUCGUGUCUAUCUUUGGUAUCAACCAGCAUCUGCAGUUCCUUCCUACACAUUUUGUUUGACCAUUAUUUUCUGAUAUAUCAAUUUAGUCAAAUUGAGGGUAAACACAGUCCAAUCAGAGGGAUUAAUCAUUCAUAGUGUGGGCCUAAUAAUCUUGGAUAUAAAAGAUUUUUGAUAUUGGUUUCAGGUGAAGGGUUUGUGUAUCAUUGGUGAGGGAGCUAUGGGAGAUGGUGUCAAUGAGGCUGCCAGAGGAGGUUGUUGAAGCAAGUACCACAACAGAUAAAAGUGUAGAUUGGUUAUUUCCUACUAACCAAUUGUGCUUGUUAGUAGUUGCUCCACCUAAUAUGCGAUUCAUAUUUCCUAGAGCUUGCCUACGCCAUUCAGUAUGAGUAGCUGCUAGGAACUGUAAUGUACUGCAGACCAAUGCUGUAAGUGAACUUUAAUAAACAUGUGUUGUAUCUU